AUGGCGACCGUGAUGGUACCUUUAAACUCGAUAGCGACUCGAGUGACACGUUACAGGAACUUCUGGACGAAAUUGAUUCAAGCGCCACAAGAUCGCAACAAACAGCCGGACAGCCGCGCUUCCAAGAGGAAAAACCGUCUGCACCGACUAACAAGACCAGCAAAACGACGACGGCGUCGGUGGCUUGCUGUACACGACAGCUCUGCCGAGGACAGUCUUGCAGAGACUAUAUCUUUGUCAUCUGCAGAUGAUGAACAUGACAAGAAAACCAAAAUACCCGUUCAAGACCCCACCGUUGGUCGAACGCCACGGGUCAGGCGUACCAAGUCGUAUCCGGAACGUUUGGCAAUGGAAUCAGACCGUGUGAACUUUGUAAAUAAGGUUCCGCCGAUGCCACAACUUGAGUUUUCGACAUGGGAAGAGCUCAGCGAUGAAAUGGAGAAAUGUUGCAGCGAGAACUUUCUACUAUUCAGGGCUCGAGACACCCAGACGGUGAAAAAACACAAUUCGUUAGCUAAGCUGCAGAUACCAAACAAGAUGCAGCACAGCUACAAGGUGUUUCGUUGCACCCAUGGUUGUCUUCAGAAAUCUCGCAGUAAAGGUUUGCGGAGUACGCCAACUAGGUACACGAGCCUGCUCAGCCCGAUGGUACAAGUUGUGGACUUCUAA